ACUUCUCUUCUAAGCAUGUGAUUCCAUUGGCAUAGAAAUAGAACUUUCUGUUUUACGUUGUGCAGCCUGAAUGGCAUAAAAACUGUCUGAGAACUUUUGUUUUACGUUGCAUCACAUAUUCACAUGCUUGUGUCGUGUUUAUGCUUUGGAAGUCGAAAUUAGGAGAUUAUACGAAGUUUUACAGUAUCUGAACUGAAAAUGUGACGGGCCAGUGUUAGAGCAGGAUGAUGGUACCGUGGCAGUUUGAGGUGAAAAAAUUAGAUAAAGUUUGGACUUAAUAAUAAAGCAAAGAUGGAGGAUGAUGAUGAGGCAAACCGCAGCUACUCCACACAGCAUAUAGAUGAUUUAUUGAGAUGUCCAAUAUGCCUGGACAGAUAUAGGACACCAAGACUGUUGCCAUGCCAACACACCUUCUGUCAGUCACCUUGUCUAGAACAACUCGUUGACAGAUUUUACCAUAUAAAAUGCCCAGAAUGCCGUGUAGAACACAGAGUACCUUAUGCCGGUGUGUCAGCUUUUGCGAUUAAUCGAACUUUGCAGAACUUCUUAGACUUGCCUGUGCAGGCACGCCAGCUUCAGCAGGCAACAAGUCAGCCAGCAACAAAUGCUGCAGAAGGCAGAGUUUCGGAAAGGCCUCCAGCAAACAACACAGCCAAUGAGAAUCAGCCACAACAAAAUGAACAAAGUCAAAGACGUCCACAGAAUGUUCCACCAGUAAAUGAAACUCCACGAACUGGUUGUUCAGCAUGUGGACGCCAGCUCACAUUGUCAAGGUGUGCUCACUGUGAUAACGUACUAUGUGAUACGUGUAAAAGAUCUCACAUUGAACAACUUAGACUUGAUAUAAACAGAUUAGUUAGUCAGUUACGAAGAGGUAUACCAUUGUUUUCUGAUGCUGUUAGCGUUAUUGAGAACAAAUCUGAACAACUCCACCAGAGAGCUGAAGCAGGUAAAGCCGAAAUAACAGAAAUGAUAGAACGAUAUAUUUCAGAGUUGAGAAACAGGCAGAGAUUAUUGCACAGUGAAGUACAGAUGUGGCUGCUGGGUGAGAUACGAUCUUUGCGCAUGCUACAAGAAAAUGUAGAGGUUGAAUUAGCCAGCACAGCUAGCUUUUGUGAUUCCACAGAUUCAGUGCUGUCUCGUCCAAAUACAACAAUUCCUGAUGAAGAUUUGGUAGAUCUGAGACGUCAAUGUGUAGAACACAUGGAGAUCAUUAGGACAUAUGAAGAUGGGAAUGGAAUCAGGCUGCCAAGAGAAAGAAGGGUUGAAGUAAGUUUUGAAGGGAACAGGUUCUCACAAGCUAUAUCAAAUUUCGGGGAGCUCUCUGUUACUGAGCGAGAUGAAGCUAGCAGCAGCGAUAACUCUAAUGUAGCCUCUGAUCCUCCAUCUAUUACAUCAAGGUCAUCAUCCUCGAGAGAAUCCUCACCAGCUGUGGUUGCUAUGGGAGGAAUAAGGACUACAGAUGCAUCACCGCAGUUGGUUUCUAUGGGAGGUAUGAGGACAAGGGAUUUGUCUCCAGCAGCGCCGGCUCGGGCCACAGGAGCACAGCCGUCACUUGACACAGCUCUCAUGGCAAUAGGUAGCAGCUCAAGGGUAGCUGCCAGGCGUGAGGAGAGAAGUGCUGGUAUAAUGGGAGGAGGUGGAGCUUCUGAGGCACCUGAAACUUCAGGCACUGCCCCUAGAGCAACCCCUAGAGAAAGAUUGGCAGGUUUGAUGGGAGGAGGUGGAGGGGGAGUAAACGUAAAUCCUUCUCCACGUGCACAGAGAAGAGAAAGAACUGCUGGUCUGUUUGGUGGUGAAAGCUCCUCAAAUGAUUCAGGGCCAGGUUCUGCAGACAGUACGCCUCUGCAGAGAAGACGAAAUUUAUCAUGGGAGUUACCUCUUGACUUCUCAUAUCCACCUAGAAGUGAUAUUCGGGUUGGUAAUGGUAACCAGAGCAACACAAACACACGCAGAAGCUUACAGGAGAGGCGUAGGCAUAACCUGUCUGAUUCGAGAUUAUUAAACAAUAUUGGAGCAAAUGCUAGACAAGAAGCGGCAAACCAGUCUAGGAGGAGAAGAAACAGAAGUGGGAACCAGACUUCUCAGAACUCUUCACAACAGGAAGCUGUUGCAAGCACAAGUGCAGAAAAUUCGGAUAGACCUCCUCCUGUUGUAAGAAGUCGCACAUUCACACGAGAAGAAUUCCAGGCUAUAAGAGAAGAAGACAAUGCUUCUAGGGCAAGCUCUGCAGAUUCAAUCAACAGAUCAAGGGAAGCAGUGACAUUUUCCAUAAAUAUUGGUCAAAAUGGCGAUGCAAGCGAAAAUGAGGAGACCACGUAUCGUGUUACCGCAGUAGAUGGGGGUGAAAGUGUAAGAGUGAAUGUGCCCAGAAAUAAUUACCAAGACAAAGGAAGAGCAAUUAUUCGAUUUGGCACAAGAGGCAGUAAUGAAAGUGAAUUUGUUUGGCCAAGAGGUCUAACAGUUUCUAGGUCGGACCAGGUUUAUGUUGCUGACAGCAGUAACCAUCGAGUACAGGUGUUUGAUAAUAUCGGCAACUAUAUAAAAAGUUUCGGUUCCUAUGGACAAGGAGAUGGUGAAUUUGACUGCUUAGCAGGAAUAACAAUGAAUACAAUGGGUGACUUUCUGAUAACUGACCGCUAUAAUCAUAGAGUUCAAGUGUUUGAUUCAAAUGGAAAUUUUACAUUUACUUUCGGAGAAGAGGGCAAUGGCGAUGGUCAGAUGUGUUACCCAUGGGGAAUUGCUUGUGACAGUAUGGGUUUUAUAUACGUAUGUGACAAAGAAAAUCAUAGAAUUCAAGUCUUCCAGUCGAAUGGUGUCUUUGCAAGAAAGUUUGGCAGGCUUGGAAGUCAGAAUGGACAAUUUGAAAAUCCACAUUAUCUAGCGAUCAGUUUAGACAAUAAAAUAUAUGUGAGCGACAGUAGCAACCAUAGAAUCCAGGUCUUCAGUAUGUACGGUGAUUAUAUUUUCCAGUUUGGUUCCGUAGGUACGAUGCAAGGACAAAUGAAAUAUCCUAAAGGCAUAUCGAUAGAUGAACAAGGAUUUGUAGUGGUUGCUGACAGUGGAAACAAUCGGAUACAAGUGUUCCGAGGAGAUGGGAGAUUUUAUUGUAUGUUUGGAAGUUACGGGAGUGACAAUGGUCAGUUUAAGGGACUGGAGGGUUUGGCUAUUCUAGGGAAUGGAAAUGUUGCUGUAAGUGACAGGGAAAACCAUAGAAUUCAGAUCUUUUAAUGUGAUAAAUGACAUUCUAAAACACGUUUACACGUUUUUCGUUAGUUCAAACUUUGUCCUUAGUUUUUUGAGACAGGAGACAAGACUAAACGUUGAUACUUAAAGCGAUUAAAUGCUAUGUUUAUGCUGAUGCAUUGUAAACGUUUUGUAAAGUGGGUUUAAAAUUUGAUUAUGCCUAAAAUAUAUAUGUGUUCAUAUUUUGCGUGCAUAUGAUGUGCAUAAGUUUGAUGCUAGGUGUGAAAAUGUCAUAAAAUUCAAAUUGUUGUAAUAUGUUUUGCCAAUUUGAAAAUGGUUUAUCAUACAUAUUUAUGAGACAGUUAUGUUUUUGUUGUUACUAUUACAUUAAAGGCCUAGAUUUUGGCAGUGGGCCAAGGGAUUUCUGUCUUCACCAGCACAGUUGGGGGCUAAUGACCAUCACAGUAUGGUUCCAAUAAACAAGGGUCAAUGUUUAUUGGAGAGUAAGUCUACCUUACAAGUCUAUCAGUUAGUGAGAAGGGGAAACAAUGUAAAUUAUUUUAAAUUGAUAUAAUUGAUAACUUUUAAAGUUAUACUAGUUUUGUUUUUUUUUUUGCAUUUCUGUGUAAAGAAAAAUAUUUGUUGAUCAAACACAAUAAUAAGAUAAUCAGAAACUUAUUUUCACAAUAAUGAAAUAAUGAUAAUUUAAACUUACUUAAAGAAAUAUCCAAGUUUUUAUUUUUUCAAUGUUUGUCUGGAGAAUUGUGAGAUUUCAGAAAAGUGUGACUUUCACUCAUAUAAAGCUUGCAGAAUACUGUAAAUAACAUUUGUCUAAAAAUUGAAAACAGUAUGUGCAUUUCAAAGUUACAAAGCAAAGCAUGAAAAAAGUCAUUUUUGGCAACAUACUGAAAAUGAAAAUUCAGUAUAGAUGGAACACAAUAAUUUGAAGUUCAAAUAAUGUUGAUUACAUGAAUACAAGAAACCGAGUUUCCAAUUAGAAAAAUAUUGUUUGUCAGCACAAAGAACUCAUGAAGUUUUCACUAUACUUGUGUUUUAUUAUCAUUAUUAUUUUCAAUAUUAUUACUGUAUCUUUAAUCAUCCUUUAUGUAAUAUAAUAAUAAUAAUAAUUAUUAUUAUUUUUAUUAUUAUUAUUAUUAUAACAUUAAAGUAAUAGUUAUUAUCAUCUAUAUAAUAUCAAAAUAAUAAUUAAUAUUAUUAUCGUUCCACAUUCACUGAAGAAAAAUUAAUUUCUUUCAACUCCACUGCACACAUCUUCAUGGUCUAGGGGUCCCUGCUGUGCUAAUUGCCCUCUAAUCAGUAACGGUUACAUAAUCGCUGAUAAGCAGCAGAUAAGAUGGGAGCUGUAUAUUGGAUUUGGACACUUAUAUAGUAGUGAAUCUAGGCCUUUAAGCUGUUAACAUUAUUUACAUCAGAUGUAUUUCAUAGUUUGUACCAAAAGUAAAUCAUGUUAAUGAUUUUAUGAUCAAAAGGCUGUGUUAAAGAUUCAGUGUUAGUCGGGUGUUUGAUGUUUUUUCCUUUUACUUAUUACUCUGUUCUCUCUGAUAUCCUAAAAUUUUAGCAACUGACUGAAAUACUUUUAUUCAGGUCUUACUCUGUACCUGACAAUAUUUAUUGCCACGUUCUUGUUAUUCUUACUCUUUAUACUGACAUUUAGUCCUGCCUGUAACAUUCGUGAGAAUGUUUGGCAGUAUGCGAGAUAGGUAGAUAAAUCAAGUGUAAAGUUUUGUUGCAUGAGAUAACGUGUACUGGAGAUAAAAUAAUUACACCAACACUAAUUCUUCCCCACAUGUUUUAUUUUAUUCAUGUACAAAAAUUUGACACCAAUUCAAAGUAUCUAACUACAAUACCUUAACAUUGAAUAUUGAUAUUCCAUUACUGCUAGUCGAUUUCUUGACAAAGUUAUGGAUCUUUUACUAGGUUUAAUUUGUUCUUAUUCAGGCAAACAAAUUUACAAAGUAAUGUGUCAAAAAGUGUUUAACACAUAAUCGCGGUUCCAAGCAUGAAAUUGGAAAAAAUCUGAACAUAUUUUGAUUGAAAUAAACAAUUCUGUAAUAUUCAGUCAGUAACCCAGAGUAAUAUAUAUUGAUUUCAUGAUAUGUAUCUUCCUUUUUUGAAAAUAUAAAAAAAAAACAAAUAAUAGAACGAAACUUUUGAUGGUACAUAUAUAAUUUCACAAGAAAUAUUUCGCAAUUGCAGCUAAAAUUAAAGAUCCAAAUAUUUCUUUGACUUGAAAUCGGAUAAAAUGCAAAUAUUUAGCAAACACUUUACAGCCAGAUAAGCCUUUUACACAUUAAUCAAAUUAUAACUAUUUUCAAUAUCCCGACAAGUAGUUAAGGACUAUAUUCAUGAUGAGAACAAAAUCAUAUACAACAUGAUGUAAAAAUUAACCUUUCUGGUAUGUACUCACACUUGGUGUUUGAUUUAUGAUAAUAUCUGUCAUUUGUUGCCUUUGCAAAUGUGUUCCGUUAUUGUUUCGUCUGCUUGCCUUAAAUUACUUUAUCUACUUCAAUAAUAAUGUCUUCCAAACUAAAUAAGUGUGAAUGAGGAGUUUAUAGUCCUGCCUGUUAAAGUGUUUUACUCAUGUAGGCACAAUGUGCGUAAGGCGAACAAUUGUGAUCUCCCUUUGUCCUUCUCUUUGCUUCAUCCCUCCUUAACAACAUUCUAAAUGUCAGAGAUUUUGCCUGAUGUAAAUAAAAAGCUCAGAAUGUUUGCCUCAGUAAAAUUUCGGGCAUGUAGAAUACUGAUGUUGAUUAGUCCCAAUAGGAAGUGAUGGUUUUUUAUGCCCCCGAAGGGAGGCAUAUAGUUUUUGAACCGUCUGUCUGUCUGUCGGUCUGUCAGUCUGUCGGUCUGUCGGUCUGUCAGUCUGUCCGCAUUUUUCGUGUCCGGUCCAUAUCUUUGUCAUCGAUGGAUGGAUUUUCAAAUAACUUGGCAUGAAUGUGUACCACAGUAAGACGACGUGUCGCGCGCAAGACCCAGGUCCGUAGCUCAAAGGUCAAGGUCACACUUAGACAUUAAAGGAUAGUGCAUUGAUGGGCGUGUCCGGUCCAUAUCUUUGUCAUCGAUGGAUGGAUUUUCAAAUAACUUGGCAUGAAUGUGUACCACAGUAAGACGACGUGUCGCGCGCAAGACCCAGGUCCGUAGCUCAAAGGUCAAGGUCACACUUAGACAUUAAAGGUUAUUGCAUUGAUGGGCGUGUCCGGUCCAUAUCUUUGUCAUCAAUGGAUGGAUUUUCAAAUAACUUGGCAUGAAUGUGUACCACAGUAAGACGACGUGUCGCGCGCAAGACCCAGGUCCGUAGCUCAAAGGUCAAGGUCACACUUAGACAUUAAGGGAUAGUGCAUUGAUGGGCGUGUCCGGUCCAUAUCUUUGUCAUCGAUGGAUGGAUUUUCAAAUAACUUGGCAUGAAUGUGUAUCACAGUAAGACGACGUGUCGCGUGCAAGACCCAGGUCCGUAUCUCAAAGGUCAAGGUCACACUUAGACAUUAAGGGAUAGUGCAUUGAUGGGCGUGUCCGGUCCAUAUCUUUGUCAUCGAUGGAUGGAUUUUCAAAUAACUUGGCAUGAAUGUGUACCACAGUAAGACGACGUGUCAUGCGCAAGACCCAGAUCCGUAGCUCAAAGGUUAAGGUCACACUUAGAUGUUAAAGGUCUUUUUUCAUGAUAGUGCAUUGAUGGGCGUGUCCGGUCCAUAUCUUUGUCAUUCAUGCAUGCAUUUUAAAAUAACUACGCAUAAAUGUGUGACACAGUAAGACGACGUGUCACGCGCAAGACCCAGCUCUGUAGGUCAAAGGUCCUAAACUCGAACAUCGGCCAUAACUAUUCAUUUAAAGUGCCAUCGGGGGCAUGUGUCAUCCUAUGGAGACAGCUCUUGUUAUAUAAUCAAAUUUCCCCCAAAAAAGCCAGACUGGUAUCCCAGGCUUGCUUUUGGAGUGUUUUACAGUUCAGGUGAUGUUUAAGCUUGGUGUGAAGGGUAUCCGAGUAGAUAAUGUUGCCGACAAUCACUUACUUAUAACAUUGCAUGUGUUAGAAUUAUUUUAUGUGAGGAAGCUAUCUAGCUGGACCAUGCCUUAAUGCCUUAUAAUUCUUAGAGGGGACCUUGGGUCAUAAAAAGGUGGAAAGUCAGAAUAUCAUCUAUAAUUGUGUCGGUGUGAAGUAUAACUCGACAGAAAAGAGCUUGAUAUGUCUUUUUAGUGUUUUUUGUAAUGCAUAUGCAGACUUCAGGCAGCCAAACUACGUAAUAUUGUAUUGAAACUUCACUAAAGGCAACCUUCUCCACAAAGUUACUUAUAGAUCUCUUGUUUGAAAUUAAUUCGUCUGCAAUAUUAAACCUGUCUUCUAUAUUUUCAGUUUCAUUUUGUUAUGGGCUAACAUUGCGAUGCAUGGCUGUGUUUGAGGUACUCUGUGCUUCCGGGAAAUGGGAAAUCUACCAUUACCUUUUUUUGGGUGGGGUGGGGGUUACACAAGUUUUACAUUACUUUAAUGAAAAUGUUCGACUUUGUGAAUGUAGAAUACCCAAGCGCACUGUGUUAUGGUGGAUGUUUAUAUAAAUGCUAAUCCGAAUAAACCAGUAGAUGUUAUAUCCUAUUGGAUACAAUUGCCUAUACGAAUAUUAUUAACGAUCCGAGUCAUUAAAAUUUUCCUGUGAUUUACAUAUUAACACAUUAAACAAGGUUUUUAUGUCAGUUUCGAUUUAUUGAUUUAUUUGAUUUAUUCCAAAAUGUGAAGAAUAGAAUCUAUAUACGUCAUUUGUUAUGAGUUAUAUAGCUGGGUAUGGGCAGGUUUGGUCAUUAUAGUUUUGUACACAUUUUGCUCAUUAUUUAUUUUGCUUAGUUCCGUCCUAAGUUAUUGUUUAUUUUAACCUUAUUACGUUUAUAAUUAUCUCAUUUUGAUCCGUCCAUUAUAUUAAGUUAUUUUUCUGCAAAUUUCCUGGUUUUGUAAUUCCAUACAUGCUAAAUGUUUCUAUUUUUCAAAAUUAUGGUUACUAAAUACAUGUAUUACGUUUGUAAAUAUUUCCUAAGUAUUGCUAGAGAAGGGGAUAACAGAUCUUUUAAUAUGUUAUGUUUAUAAACAUUGUAUUGGUCAAGAGAGGGAAAUGUGAGAUCUUCUCAACAUGUAAAGUUUGUAAACAUUGUGCUUUUAUUGCUAAGAGAGGAAAAUGUUACUUCUUUUUAUAAACAUUGUGCUAGUAAUGUUAGGGAAGGGAAAUUUUAGAUCGUUUCAGCAUAUUAUGUUUGUAAACAUUGUGCUAGUAUUGUUAAGGUAGGAAAAUGCUUAAUCUUUUUUUCAGCAUAUAUUGUUUGUAAACAUUGCGCUAGUAUUAAAUGCUAAAUCUUUUCAACAUAUUAUGUUUUUAAACAUUGCUGUAGUAUUGUUAAGAAAGAGAAAUGUUAGAUCGUUUCACCAUGUUUUUUUCGUAAACAUUGUGCAAGUAUUGUUAAGAGAGGAAAAUGUUAAAUCUUAAAACUUGUUACGUUUGUUAACAUUACACUAGUAUUACAAAGAGAGGAAGAUGCUAAUCAUAUAAAUUAAGUUUACCUCAGUUGGUUUGUUCUAGUCCUUCAUUUUUUGCUUUGAGCGUUUUUUUUCUGUUAAUAGAGGAACGUGUGGAGUUUCUCACCCUUACACCUUUAUAAGUUUUUACGUCUGUGCUUUGAUUUAUUUUUUAUGCUUAUUCAGACAGCUUCAUUUUGAAAUUCAUGUAUAGCCUUUAUACUAAAACGCUUUUAUUUAUUAGUGAUUAAAGCAAAACACAUUCCCAAAAAUUGGACACUUGUAGGUGAAAUUAUCUUUAAUAGCCAUUUUUACCUUUUGUAGAUGUUUUUCGCAGUUCAAAUAAGCAGAUUGUGAGUUACCUGGGUGUAAGAUUAGAUCCAUAAAAACAUAUUCUUGUUGUUUUGUUAGCCUUGUUGCAGAUACCAUAAAGAUAUUUUGAACUAUAAUAUUAUCUUUAUAAAUAAAAUGGGCAUUGUUAAAUGA